AUGUCAACAUACUCAGGCCCACCAUCAGGUAAUCCAUACUGGUAUUAUGAUCCUCAUGGAUAUCAACCAAAUGUUAGUGUAUCAUUCAAUACAAAUAUUUCAGUUAAUACACCACCACCAUCUCAUCCAUCAUUUGAUAUGUAUAAUAAUAGUAAUAAUAAUAGUCGAUUUGCUGAUUCUGGUUAUCUUUCUCGAACACCUACACCACCCACACCUAUACGUAAUCCAUCACCACAACCUAUGCCAACAAGACAAGAAUAUGAUGAUGAUGAAAAUGAUACAAAAACCUCAAAUGAAGCUAAACCACGUUUACCCUAUGUAAAACGUACAAGAAUUCAAUAUACACUUCAACAAUUACAAACCUUGGAAGAAGCAUUUCAACAUAAUCAUUAUCCAGAAGUAACAACUGUUGAUGCGUUGGCAGAAUUACUCGAUGUUCGACAUGAAAAAAUAUCAAUCUGGUUUCAAAAUCGACGAUCACGUUUCAAGAGACAACAGAAACCAAAAGCUACAUCAUCAACAAAUGAUGUAACUAAAAAACUCACGCAUUCAGUUCCAGUACAAUCAACUGUAUCAUCACCAUCCUAUGAUCCAUCAACUUCGUAUUAUCCACCCUAUUUUUGGCCGUCGCCAGUUGUGGAUAGUCGAUCAAUAGGAACGUAUUCGAUGAACUCGCAUACUCC